AAAAAAAAAAAAAAAAAAAAAAAAAAAAAAAGCAUGUUGCAUGCAUGGUUGUUGUACCUAUCGUCCUAAUUACUGUCCUAUACGCUUUAUUCAACACAGAUGCUCGGCCUGACAGAGGAACAAGAAGACAACAUGUCGACUACACAAAACGAUCAAGGCGUACCGGAUUCUGUAAGAAUUGUCCCUAUUCGGCAUUGCUGCAUGUAUUGGUAUAUCUUUGACAGACGUAGGCAGCAUCCUAACUUCCUAACUGUGUAUGUUCUUUUAGUCCUCCGAGUCUCCUAAGCAUAGAUCAAAGCGGUCUUUCGAUGCAGAAGAAAGCAGUGACAAGGGUACGUCUGGUAAUAACGCGCUCACCUCACCCACCCAAGGGCCCCACAAGUUCAGGAUCAUGGCCUUGAUCGAUGCCCAUCAAAACCAGAGCCAAAGCCAGAGCCAGAGUCAGAACCAGGACCAGUAUCAGCAGCAGCAGCAGUCGCCAGUGGACCAGGGAUGUCAAGUUUCGAAUGGCGGCAAGAGCCCGGUGAUAUCCCCCAUGGACAUCACAGGCCUCAGUCACAUGCCUCCAAGCCCCAACACGCUCAGUCCGAAUGAUGCCCUGACUACUCACCAGAGGCGUCUCUCACAAACCCUGGCAACAUUGGGUUUGCCCCCGUUGACUACGACGAUGGGACAGUAUGGAACCAACUUUCAGGGUCAAACGCAGCAACCAUAUCAGCAGCAGCAGCAGCAGCAGCAGCAGCAGCAGCAACAACACCCUUAUGCCCAACAAAACCCGUACCCUCAGGCCUCAAUCUACAACCAACAACAGCAGUACCAACAACAACAGAUGUUGAAUGGAUACAGGAGCACGAGCCCUAUGCCACCGAGCCCUUUGGUACCUAGCCCAACACGUCAUUCUCCGCAACCGCCCAGUCCCUUGGAAUUGUCGCUCAACAUCGACAUGAACUUUAGCAACAUGAGCGGCAACCAGCAGAGUCUCCACAGUUUGCUCGAUAGCAGCCUGACUAUGUCGACACAGAACCAGUUCCAGCAACAACAGGAACAACCAAUUCCAGGAAGAACAAGCGUUGGGACCUUGACGUCUCCGCAGAUGGGAUCUGAGAGCAAUCCCUCCGCCAAUGCAGCGCCCCCAUUUGUGAUCACUAGGACGAACGAGGAUGGAAACGAAGUUGGGUUUUACUAUGCUAUGCCGACUGUCAACCUCAACCCGGCCUACAGCGAUGCGGAUCUGUUCCAGGAUUUCACAAUGAUGGAUGCCCUCGGAGAAGAUUUCGUAUGGGUCGAGAAUCUGUUUGACGAUCCUUCGCCUGAGGAGACUGCUGCCAACAUGACGGCCAUGUCUGUCGCUGCAGCUGCCGGUAACGUCGGACCUGCGACAUCUGCAUCGGGCGCAACCGAGAAUGGCCUGUCGGACAUGGCGACCGUUGCUGAGGAUCUAAGCAUGUGCGGCAAUGCGAUGAUGACAGGCACUAACGAUGUCACUGUGAGAUCUCCAGGGCAAGGGUUUGGGCAGGUCGAGGAGAGCGGGAGCAGGCAGCAGCGGAUGUGGAUGGAGGACGGGUACGGGCAGACUAUGCAAGGUUGAAGAAGAGUGAUGUUAUUAGAUUUCCGUUUCCCGCUGUAUAUCUCCGUGCCCUAGUAGUCUAUCAGUCAGCCAGUCUAUCAGUCUAUCUAGUGCGUCUCCCCCCUCCCCCCCCCUUAUUGUACAAUAGUAACGAAUGACCGCAGACCGUAUAAUCGUAUAAUAGUAUAAGCACAAGUACAAGUACAGGUAUAAUCGUCUUCACCCGCUCCGUGGUUAUGCAAUGCGUUUGCAUGAGGGCUGACGUCAUAUGGACAGUGCGCUUGCAGUGCACUACAUACAUUUGUCCGAGAGAUGGCAUAAGAGACGAGAGACCCAGUCACGGCGAGGGGUGUGUCUAUGUCGAUAUGUCG